GGAGGCGAACGGGGGUGGCUUGGGGUCAGGACCGGCGGCACAGACGGCAGGGACUGCCGAGCCGGCAGGGGCCGCAGGCAAGAAGCGGGAUUUGGUGCGGUUAGCGGAUGAAGCAAAGGGGCAAGUGUAUACUUGUUAUGAUGCGCCGCUGGGGGCACAUUUGAAACAAGAGGUUCGGGAAAAAAUCUGGAAGAGCGAAUAUGUGGAGAUAUUCGCUUUGUUACCGUUGGAGAAAUUCAACUUGGAUAGGGUGAAGCCCGAGGACUCCAAAAAGGAGGACGAGGAAAAGCGGAGGUAUCGGCUCAUACCUCGCACGUUUGCGAAUUGGUCGCAGGCUUAUUCUAUUUUGGCCAGCGUGAUUGGCGAGAAGAACCCCGAACACUGUUCGGCGCUCUUCAGCUACCAGGAGGCGAUUAGCGAGGCCUAUCGUUGUUAUGGGGGCACGGGUUGGCUUCGUUAUGACGAGCAAUUUAGGCAACGUCGGGCGAUUAGGCCGGACAUUCGGUGGGACGCGAAGGACAUUAGCCUUUGGAUGCGGCUUAUGACGGCUCCGAGGACGUCGGCGCCGUUUUUUCAGGGGGGGGCCGGCGGGGCCUCUUCCCUGGGACAGUCGGCCGGAAAGAAAAAGGGGGUUUGUUGGCAGUUCAACGAGGGAAACUGCAAAUUCGGAGGGUCGUGCCGGUACAAGCAUGAGUGCUCCGGGUGUGGGGGUAAUCACCCCUCUUCCCGCUGCUUCAAGCAGGGCAAGGGCCGUUCCGGAGAUCCUUCAGGCAAGAGGGAGCACGCCGGUGAUGGUGAAAAGGAUGCUGCCGUUUCUCGGUAGGUAUCCGGACAGGGCGGCUGCCCAGCUCCUGGAGGAGGGGUUUACAGUUGGUUUUCGUAUCCCUGCUAAUUUGACCGUGAUUCCGCCAAUGUCCGAAAAUUUACGUUCAGCUAGGCAACACUCGGAAGUGGUUUCCGAGAAGCUACGUAAGGAGGUCGGGCUGGGCCGAAUGGGUGGCCCGUUUGAGUCCCCUCCGUUAGCAGGCCUGGUGGUUUCACCGUUGGGGGUGGUACCGAAGAAAGAACCAAACAAGUUCAGGCUCAUACACCACCUCUCCUUCCCAAAAGGGGGGUCGGUGAACGACGCGAUUAAUGCGGAGGAGUGUUCAGUGUGCUACACUUCGUUCGACGCGGCGGUGAGUUGGGUUAGGCGGUACGGCCGGGGGGCGUUGAUGGCCAAGUCGGACAUCGAGGCGGCUUUCCGGCUGUUGCCGGUGCACCCGGACAGCUUUCGGUUGUUGGGGUGUCACUGGGAGGGCAAAUUCUAUGUGGACAAGUGCCUGCCCAUGGGUUGCUCAGUGUCCUGCGCAUUAUUCGAACAGUUCAGUUCUUUCUUGGAGUGGGUGGUACGAGACGUGGCGGGGGUGGAUUCGGUUAUCCAUUAUCUGGAUGACUUUCUCUGCAUUGGACCGGCGGGGUCAAAGGUUUGCGCGGUUCUGUUGGCCACGCUGGAGCACAUAGCUGAGCGUUUUGGGGUGCCACUGGCGCCCGACAAAACGGAGGGGCCUAGGUCGGUCAUUCAGUUCUUGGGCAUAGUUAUCGAUUCCGAGGCUAUGGAAUGCAGGCUGCCGGCGGACAAGUUGGAAGGCCUCAAGGCGGAGGUCAGGGGGAUGAUUGGCAUGCGUAAGGUACAACUGAGAGCGCUGCAGUCGCUCUUGGGGAAGCUUAACUUUGCCUGCAGGAUCCUCCCGAUGGGGAGAAUUUUUUGUCGGCGUCUGUCGGCCAGCACGGCAGGGGUUAGUUUGCCUAACCACUAUGUAAGGCUGGUGAAGGAGCACAGGGAGGACCUGUGGGUCUGGCACUCUUUUUUAGAGGCCUUUAACGGUAGGGCCUUGUGGAUGUCUGGCCCGGUCAGCAAUUUUGACCUAGAGCUGUACACAGACGCGGCCGGGGGAUCAGGCUUUGGGGCCUUUUUUCAAGGACAGUGGAGUGCGGGCCCCUGGCCUCAGUCCUGGCUGGCUGCGGGUUUUACGAAAAACUUGGUGCUGUUGGAGCUGUUUCCAGUGGUGCUGGCGGUUGAGUUGUGGGGCACGUCUUUCCGGGAUCGGAAGGUGCGCUUCCAUGGGGAUAACCUGGGGGUCGUGCAGGUGAUAAAUCGCGUGACCGCGUCCUCUCCCCCAGUGAUUCGGCUCCUGAGACACUUGGUACUGCGGUGUCUGCAGCUGAAUGUGUUUGUUUAUGCGGUGCAUUUACCGGGGGUUGAAAAUGUCGUGGCUGAUGCUUUGUCUCGGUUCCAGUGGGACAGGUUCCGGGAGUUGGUGCCGGAAGCAGAGGAGCGAGGGGUCCCCUGUCCGGAAUGGCUGUGGCAGAUUCCAUUGGAAUCAUCUCCACCUGGAUUAAAAAAUCGGUACUGGACCUUUGUUGGUCUGGAUUUUGGGCCACUCUUACGUGGUUCGGGGGGAAAAACGGGCGGAGGCGCGCCCGACCGGUCGGCAACUGGGGAUUUCGAGACAGGAGGCGAGGGUACGGUGGUUGGGGGUACCCGGGAUGUUAUGGAGCAGAGUUGUGCCGGAGGUUCACAAAUGGGCACGUUUGGACAGACCUCCGGAUGUGCUAGUGAUUCAUGCUGGGGGCAAUGAUCUUGGGGUGAGAUCUAUGCUGGAGAUAGCGCGGGAUAUUAAAUUCGACUUUCAGCGGCUCCGGUUGUCUUUCCCGGAGACGGUAGUGGUGUGGUCGGACAUGGUGGCUAGGACAUCGUGGAGGAUGGCGAGGUCGGUAGACGCGGUGAAUCGUGCGCGCAGGAAGCUGAACAGGAAUGUGGGGCGUUUUGUGCUAAGGAACGGGGGGCUGGUGGUUCGGCACCCGGAAUUGGAGGUUGAGCCUUGGCGUUACCUCAGGAGUGAUGGUGUUCACCUCACGGACGUGGGGAUUGACAUGUGGGCUUUGCGCCUAGAGGAGGGGGUACAACAAGCAAUGAGGGUGUGGAGG